AUGGCUACCCCUAGUGUCCUAGCUUUUGACACUGAGGGUCGUGCCAUUGACUUUGAGGUCUGGCUCGACGACCUGCAGCUGUUCUUACAGUGCGAUAGGGCAGACGGUCUUUCUCUCUUUGACCUCACCUCUGGCGGCGUCCCUGCCCUUGCUGCUGAUGCUGACGCCACUGUUCGCUCACAGUGGGCCACGUGCGAUGCUGCUGCACGUCUUGCUGUGCGUCGCCACCUGCCUACCGCUGAGCGCGCGCACUUUAGCCAAUACAAGAGUGCCCAGACCUUGUACGACGCUGUAGUUGCGCGCUACUCCUCCCCUGCCACUGCUGCACUGAGCCGCCUCAUGCUCCCCUUCCUCUUCCCUGACCUUGCCGCCUUUCCUACUGUCGCUGACCUCAUUACGCACCUCCGCACUAGCGACAGUCGCUACCGCGCUGCGCUUCCUGCUGACUUCUGCGCCAAGAACCCCCCCCCCCAUGGGUGUUCUCCUUCCCCUCUCCUGCCCUCUGUUGCCUCUGCCGCUGCGGCCGACCUCGUUGGUCUUGAGUCGGUCGGUACGGCGUAUAGCGGGAGACGCCGCUUUGGCAAGGGCAAGGGGGGCAAGGGAGCGGGUGGGGCCAGCGGGGGCGGUGGAGAUGGCGGUGGAGGCGGCGGAGGGAGUGGGGGUGGCGGUGGAGGUGGUGGCGGGGGUGGGGGUGCUAGUGGCGGCAGUGGGGGCGGGGGUGGCGGCGGCGGUGGCGGUGGGAGCGGAGGUGGCGGAGGCGGCGGCGGUGGAGGCGGAGGCGGGGGUGGCGGUGGCGGUGGCGGUGGUGGAGGUGGUCGGAGUGGCGCUUCACAGCGGAGCAGCACUGGGGGUGGUCAGCGCCAGCAGCAGCAGCAGCAGCAGCAGCGUUCUCGCGACCUCCCGACGCCUCAGCAGCUCCUACUGCUGCUCUAG